UGAACAACAAUUAAAUCCAAACAAAAUAACCAACAACAACAAAAUUACCGAAGCCCUUUUUGGUGGAAUGCCUUUGAACAUUAUUCAAUCAAAGACAGAAGAUGGAAGUCCUUUACCUCGUUUUGUACAUGAUAUAAUGGAGUAUAUUGAGGGGUAUGCACAUUUGACAGAAUGGCUUUUUAGGAAAAAUGGUGUAAAAGGAAGAAUUGAAGAAAUAAAAGAUUGCUGUUCACAAUUAUCUCCAAACAAUCCAAUACCCUCUCAUUUACUUGCAGAAUCCCAAAUUUUUGAUCUUUGCGAUGCUCUCAAGCUCUUCUUCAGAUCAUUACCCGAAUGUUUAUUUACAAAUAAAGUGUCUAGUUUGCUUCAGAAUUGGUUAAGAGAAUUACCCCCAACUUAUUCUCCAAAACAUUUCCAAAUUGCACAAUAUUCAAUACUUAUUUUGCCUGCAGAAAAUCGAGAGGCCCUUUUAAUUCUUUUACGUUUUUUAUGUGGAAUUGCCAGACAUUCAAAUAUAAAUAAAAUGAAUUCUUUAAAUCUCGCUACUUGUUGGAUGCCUUCAAUUUUUCAAUUUUUUAAUUCACAACCUUUACAACAAAAACAACAAAGACAAAAUAGUACAAUUCCUCUUUUAUCCUUGGAAAAUGGUGGGAAUGGAAUUAGAAAGAGACUAAUGCGACGAAAAACAAUAGAAAUAAGUUUAGUGAAUGCUGGAGGAAUUACAACCUUAGCAACAACAGAAAAUACAAGUCCAACAUUACCAAAUAAAAACAACAAUUCCUGUACAAACAAUUAUGAGUCUAUAAAACAAUUAUUAAGUGCAAUGAUUGAUGGAUGGGAAAAAUUAAUUUUAUUGCCAACAUGUUUAAUUGAAAAUAAUAAAUAUUUAAAUCGGUUAAUUGAAACAUGCCGAACAUUUAAUAAUGGGGCUAUUUGUUUAAAAAUAAAGAAAAAUGGGCAAUUUGAAUUUAAUGAUGAAUUACAUCAAAAAUUGAGGAGAAUGUUACACAGGCUUAAAGAGGAUUAUUCAAAUGGUUGGCUCACCAAUAACACAAACAAAUGCUGGAAAUUACAACGGGUAUUUUCUGAUGGGGCGCAUAUUUAUACACGUUCAAUAAACGACAUGGCUCCCAAUUUAAAAUCUUUUUUGGUUCAGACAAGUGUGCCUGCUUCCCCUAAUUUAAUAUUAUCUGUUUUAAUUAAUGGAAGAACAUUAUGGGAUCCUAAUGUAAUUGGAAUUAAACGUGUUGGACCUUCAGGGCAAAAUUUUGAUAUUGUUCGCUUUCAAUAUAAGCCAACUUUAAUUACUUUAGGGAAAUGCUCCUUUUUGGCUAGGCGUUGGACUUACAACGAAAUAGGGAACGAGUCCCCAACAUGUUCACUUAUCGAAUGUUCUGUUACUUCACAAGAGGAUGACAACAAUUUAGAUGGAGGGGAUUUUGAAAGGGUUUAUGUCCACGAAUCAAAAUUCUUAAUUGUCCCAAGAUGUGCUGGGUUUUCACAAAUUAUUUAUAUUUCGAGAAUUGACUUUAAGUGAGUGUUUUGGAAAUUAUUGAAUUUUCGUUUUCCACAAUUCAGACACUUAAUUUCUUAAAUUCAAAUUCUUCUUUUCUUUUUUCCUCAAGGUUUUCCUUUCCAACCAAAAAGGGUUAUUCUGAGCUUCGUUCCCCCUUUUUUCCUUCCUUAAGAUUGUACAUAAAUGUCAGAUUUUCUUCUUCCUCUCCUUCCACUAUUUGCCCUGUGUGC